AUGUCUCAUCUAGGGAAGUUAUUUAAACAUAAAGGCCACAAGGCUCCUACGCCGCCAAGAAAAGACUAUGAUGGAACCAAGAGCGGUAGCGAUGAAUCUGAAAACGAUGAAGGAUAUUUAGAUCCAGUUGCUGUUCAUCCGACCACUGAUCCGGCCACGGCUGUUCAGUCUGUUCAGAUGCCAAGCUAUCCACCUCCGAGACCGAAUCAUUCGCCUUCCAGUCGACGCGUCCAGGAUCCCGGAAAGAGGGCUUCGGUCCCAAUAGGACUUGUAGCCCAGUUGAGUAGACCUCCAGUACCUAAGGCUAGAUCACAGAGGCCUCAAAGUGCCGAGCACCUUCAAGGAGGAAAAACUCCGAUUCCUGCUCAAAGACUUGGUUUGAAGGUUAGGUUACAUGCAUGUACGUCAUGUCGUAUUGUUGUGAUAUUUGCCCAUGUGCAGGGCAUAUUUAUUAUAGUUUAACCAUUUCCAUGCAGAAAGGGUCUUUCCUCCUGGAAAAGCAUUACAUAACGUUAAUUACCUCAGGAAUGUAUUUGCUGCAGCAAGCAGCUAGCCUUGACUUCCUCCGAGUUUACAAAGGUGUUAAUUUUCGGUUCAGAAGCCAAACUUGCGAAAUAGUUGUUGAUGACGAACUCCAAUGCAUUUCAUGGGCAAGACAUGGUUUUCUCUUUGCUUCAAUUCAAAUAAUAAUUCUCAGUAAUAUUUUGGUAAACUCCAAGAUGCGAAAGAAAUAUUUAACAAAAAUUGGCGUUGUUUAUAAUACUUUAACAGAAUAAUAAGCCUCACAAGCUUCACAGGUUACAGUAUGUCGUCUUGCAGCCAAAAUAUUCAUAGUGUCUAUUGUUGCUUUUAUAUAUUUGGUAAAAAUAGGUUGGUGUUGCUAGAGUACAGGAACUAACAUUUCCCUGUUGUUUAAUUUGAUUAUUGACAACAGUUUUUGCAAACAAAAAGUGACACUGAGUCAAGCAGAAUACACAGUCAUUUUUUUAUGAGGCAUUUUUUUAAAGAACUGUAGUUAAAUACUAUCAAACAAAUCACACAAGACAUACGUAUACAUCAUGUAAUGUUUUCUACAGAAAUGUUGACUUUUUGCUACAGAUGUAGGUUUAUAAGUCGUUGUAAAGUAAUUAAUGUCAAAUCACAAACUUGUGUAAUGUUAAGCUGUACCAGUUAGUGUGCAUUCAGUAAGAUUGGCAUUUGGGGUGGGAAACUGAAUUGUAGUCAGCAGUAAAUGAAACAAAAAAAAACAAUUCCUAAAAGACACUUUUAAAAAAUAUAUUUAGUGUAUAUAAUAAUUUAUAAUUUUAGUUUGACACAGAAUACACUGUAUGUAAGCUGUGGUAUUUGAAUCAAUGCCAUGCCAGCAUUGUAUAGCACGGUAGAGUUUGUCAAACUUAGUGCCUCUGCUAAAAUCCAAAUUCAAACCUUUGAUUCAGACUUUGUGCUUCCCCCAUCCUUGUGGAACUGGACUCUAGAAUUACAACUUAUGAACUGGGCAGCCCUCAUGAUUAAAGUGCCUUUUAACUGGUUUCGUGGCAGGUCAAGGUUGAAAUUCUGUCUGGCUUUUUUGGGAUGUAAUUUUUCUUUUUUUUGGUAUGGUGCAUGUCUGUGCAUGAGAAUUAUCUAAUGACAAAAUGACAUUACAUCUUCUCAGCUUUUAAAAUCUAUUACAUAAUUAUAUGUGUAGAUUCUUGAGCUGUCCUACAAUAUUUGUAGGAAUCAAGGUUACUGGAGAAAUACACAUGUAAAAAAAAUUUCAUAGACAAUAAUUUUUUGUUUAUUAAAUAGUUUAACCUAACUUUUACUCAAUGGAAACUUAAUUUUGAUUAUAUACUGUCAACAAUAAUCAUUCAUACAUGCUGUCUUUGUUAUUAUACAGUAGUCUGUUUUAACUUUUUUGUAAAAACUUUAAAGAUGCAGACUAUACAUUUUCAGGAAGAUCACUCUUAUGAAAAAAAUGUUUACCGCUGAAGCCUGUCUGGCUUUUGAAUAACAAGUGUAAAAAAACUUGUGGAUAAUCUGAAAUGGUUCUCUCAGUCAGCACAGAAACUGGUAAAAAUUGAUUGAUGAUGCUUACAAAAUAAUUUCAAACAAACCAGCUGAUAAAAACAUUGAUAAGAAUAAUUUUACUCUUUUUGUCUUUUGUGCAGUUAAUUUUCUUCCUAGUAGGCCAAUUUAAUUCAUUUUCAUGAAUAGAAAUUUGAUGAUAUCUGUAUCUCAAUCUGAAGGAACAAAAGCAAAGUAGGAAGGUACAAGUAUAUCUACAACAUACAUGUUACAGCUCAAAAUAUUGGAUUUCCGAUUAAAAUGUUUUAAACUACUGUAGGCUGAUUCUCAAUUUCCUUUUUCACCUAGGGCUAAGGAGACAGAGGAAAUUGAAAAUCAGCCUACAAAUCAAAAUUAACUUAGAAUCAAAAUUUGACUUGUGAUAUUUAUUUUAAGUACACCAGUCAGUUUGUUGUAUAGGAUGCAGUGGAAUAGUCUGCAUUUGCCUUAGGAGUCACAGAUAAAAUUUACUACAAACUUAAGUAGUGAGUUUGAAACUUUUAAACAUAAGCUGUUAAUUAAAAAAAACUGCCAUGAUUUUAUGAAUUAGCUAAAUUAUGUGAUGUUAUAUAAAAGGGGUGCUAAAUAUAAUAUUUUUAAGAAUCAUACAUGUAUAUUGCUUGGCACUUUGUAUGGUGAUUUAUCUAAUGUACAGUAAAAAUGUAGAACUUUGCUUUUGAUUAUAAUUUUAAUUCAUGCAUCUGUUGAAGACCUGUACUGCCAUUAAGAUGUUGAAUGAUUCGGACAAAUAUUAGUGAUUGAUAUAACCAAUUGAGUUAGAAUUACAAAUUUGCAUUUUAUUUUUGUCAUUAUAGUUUAUAUGUACUUCAGUGCAUUUCUUAUUGAAAUAAUAGUAAAUUACAUGGUGAAUAUAUUUUUUUCUGGUUUGAAUUGUAUUUUUCUUCGUCUCGUUUUAUGGCAUUAUUUAGAACAUUUUGGAAAUCGUUUUCAGCCAAGAUUAUUUUAUUCUGUUCAACAACUGCAGAUGUGCAUGUUUGCAUGUGGCACAGCUGUGAUGUCAUGAAAAAGAUUAUUUUUGAUUUUCUGCUUCUCUUGAUAAUUUGCAUAUUGAAAUAAAACAAUUUGCUUCAGCCAGGUGUGUGAGGAAAUUACAGGAAAAAAAUAUUCUUCUGUCCACAGUUCAAUUCAAGAAGAAGGCACAGACUGUUGUUUUGCCCAGAAAAUGUUUUAAGCAAUGUGCCAUUCUUAUAACAAAGUUUUUUACAUCGAUAUUUAAUCCACAGGAGAAAGCCAUAUGGAAAUACAGUCAUAAAGUAGAACUCAUUGUAUAAGCCACAAACCAACCGUAAACAAAGAACCUUAUUGAUUAAUGGACAGUCACGCUCUUGACAAUACAUCAUCUUCUCGUCGAUCAAGAGAAGAAAAAAGUUCAAUCCUCAGAGUUGUAAAUAUUUCAUCAAAAUAAGUGUGAACAUCACUAUGUUUCUUCAAAAAUGUAACUGUGUGCGGGUCAGUAAAUCAGAGAAGAAUCGGAUAAAGGUAAAGCAUAGGUUUAUUGGUAUAAUUUUAGCAUUUUAUGGUUUUUUGACACAUUUGUCAAAAUGUUCUUUUGAAUGAGUAGAAUAAGAUUUGGGGUUUUUUGUUAGACAGAUUUUGAAGCAGUUAUUUAACUUGGCAAGCUAUUUUGAAAACCUAAAUUUACAUUGUGUUACAUGUGAAUGGCCAGUAUCAGCUUGAUGGUUGAAUUGGUUGAAUUUUUGUUGUUACUUGUCUAUUUACAAGACGUUGUUUAGACAAAGGAAGAUGUACAUGAUCAUAGCAUUGUAUUCUUUUAUUUUAUCUUGGUACAGACAGUGACAGCAAUGGAAGUAAUGGUUCCUUUUACUAUAUGUUGGAUGUGAUAUCAUUAUUUGCCUUAAUUUAAGUUUGUGUUUUCCUUCAGACCUACAAAUUGCCGCUGUAUUUCUUUGAUUACUUUUUAUUUGUUUUCCACUGUAUAGCUAGUUGUAAAUUAUACUUGUAAAUAUACAUGUAGUUUAGAUGUUGAUGUGCAUGUUCAAUGUGAAUACAUACUGUACAGAAAUGAAGAACUUCCUGUAGUUCUACUGAUUUGUCAGGGAAGGGAUAGUUGUUUAAGCUUCCUUUCCUUUACCACUUUAGGCAUUUGAUCUUAUACUGUUGUUGUAUAAUUUCUGGUAAAUGGCAAAAAUGAUUGAAUGAAUGCAUGAAGGAACAGAUGAACAAGUGAACGAACGAACGAAUGAAUGAAAGCUUUUUAUUGAAUCAUUUAUUAUUUUAGUGACUGUGGAUUUUGCGAUGAUAGUUUUUAGACAGUUGUUUUUUUCACUUUUUAGAUUUUUUAUUAUUACAUGUAAAAUGUACAUGUACUUGACUUGUAAGUGAAAACCCCAAUUUACAGUGGACAACACCAAUGGGACUAGUAAAAGUGUCCAUUUAUGAUAGGUAAAAUAAGCUACUUGUUUGUUUCAAUUAAGUGCCCACUUAUGAUGGGUGUCCACCAAUUGGAGGAGGAGUUUGUGAGUGGAGGUUCCCCUUUAGUCAUUCACAGAGAUGUGAUGAUCACAUGUGUUGAGUUUACUUUACCAUGUAGAUAUGUGUUGUUCUGUCUGAACCAGAAAGUCUCUGAUGUAACGUAGGCGGGUGCCAUACUGAGAUGUGUCUAUGGGGAAAGUUAGAUUUACAUGUAUAAUAUUAUUAAUAUUAAUUUGUUUAUAAUUUAUGUUGAUCCUUCUCUUGUAGAUACAAGGUGAUGACUAUUCUGAUCCCUGGGAUGCCAAAAAAGCAGUCUCUCCUGGUGGUGAUUAUUCCGAUCCGUGGGACGCUAAAAAAACACAAGCCCCUCCAGGAGAUGACUACUGUGAUCCCUGGGACAAGAAACCAACUGCACCUGAUUCAGUGAGAAAAACAUCCAAAGAUGAUUAUUGUGAUCCAUGGGAUGCUAAAAAGGAUGGUUCAUCACCACCAGAGAUCGUACAAGUUACGAAAGACAAAAGUAAAAAACCUAGUAGUGACGACUCAGAUGAGGAAGGUUAUGAUGAACCAUAUGACCUUGGAAAAGUCACCGUAUUAGAUGAACCAAUGAAAAGAUUUUCCUUGAAGGGGAUGAGACCAUCACCUCAAGAUGAUAGUAGGCAAGUAUUGUUUUAAUUAUCCAUGCUUAUAACAGCUGUGUGAUAAUCAGUAACAAUUCCUUAAUAUUAACAAUUAGUAAAUGAGGCUGAGUAUCUUAUGAAGAAUUAUGGAGGUCGAGGAGGGUGUUGGCCAAGGUGGAUAACACCCUCCGAGAUCUCCAUAAUUCUUCAUAUGAUACAAAAGCCAAAUUCAAUAAUUGUUUUAUUAUUCAUUCAAAAUAAUUCCUAGUUUAAAAACAUAGCUAAAACAUGCUUACCUCCAUCGAUGUUAAGUUCAUCUUCGAUAGUGCAUGUUUAGGGUUGUUCAGCUCCGCAAAUAUUCUCUAAAUACUAGAUGUCACCCUUCAAGUUGUCUUCUUAAACUGUUCUUGCCAUGUUUUUAGCUUUUAUUUUGCCUAAUUCUUACUCUUGGAAUGAGUGAAAUGUCCACCAUUCUUGUUUUCACAACCAAAUUAACUCAGCCUCGUCCCCAGGUCUUCACGGUUAACUGUGCAUUAACAUGCAAGAAAACUGCACUUUUGUCAUCAUCGGUUCAUUAAUUGCAAAAUUCUUCCAAAUUUGGUCAUCAGUAGCUGGUUAUGGUGAAUUAUGCAUGUGCUUUUAGCCAAUCAGAAGCAGGGAAAUAUUUUGAAUGAAUAAUAAAGGAAAUUAAUUGAUUCUCUGUGAAAUUAAGGCAUUGGAAAUUAACAUGACUUAAAUUAAUGGGAAUUCAGUGGAAAACAACUUCAAACUAGAGGAAAUCAACUCAAAAGAGAGGAUAACAUUUCAUAAUGAAGGAAUAAAAUUGACAUGACACUCGCAAAGAUCGGAUUGGAUCGGAUCACGCAUGUUUUGACCAUCUGUUACGUGAAACUUACACAAAGCACAGUGUUGCAGCAAAAGCAUUUUGAUGUUCGAUCGUUGUCACCCGCACUCCAUAACCUUUGGUUAUUACUAGUCUAUUAUUAUGACUCUCGCAAAGAAAGGUUAAAUGCAUUAUCUGAAAUGGAAACUUUGUGGUACUUUCUCUAAAUGUAGUACGAAGGGCCAAACAAAGAUAUCUGGUGCCACUUUGAGUUUUCGUCACUCCUUUUUCUUACAUGUAGGUGUCAAGAAUGUGAAAAGUUUAUCCAAAAUAUUGGAAAUUAAGGUCGUGGAAAUUAUCAGUCCACUUAAUUAAUGGCAUGGAAAUUAGCAUUUCUUAAAUUAGCCCAUUGUUUUGAAAUUUGUGUUAAUUUCAUGAAGCAUUAAUUUCCUAUAAUAAGGUACAUGAGCAUAAGAAAGGUGCUUGAGAGUUGAACAUUAUUCUUAGAGUUUAGGAAAUAAGGUGAACACUGCAGAAGAGUCUGUGUGUAAUCAGGACAACCCUAAGAACAGCAAUCACUUGAUUCCAUUUUGUCUGAAAAAUUAGUGAAAGAAAACGAUCAUAUUUACCUAGUACAUGUAUUAAUGGGUAUGAUGGUUAGCAGGGCUGUCAAUAUACAGCCUGUACAUGUAGGCCAUCCAGGAGCCAAAGAUUUCCCCAGCUGUUUGAUUCAUUGCUUACUUGCUGUAUUUUACCCAGCAACUUGAAAUCUCAGUGACAGCCCUGAGUUAGGGAACAAAAAGGCUUUCAAAGGUUAUACUGUGCACUGUUUAGUAAGUACGGGUGACAAGGGGAGCAUGCCAUCCUAAUCUCCAGGUUUUUAUUACACAUGCAUCGCAUGUGUGUAGUUAGCAUUCCUUUGGACCUCCACUAAGAAUGUAUGAAAUGCACAGAACACACUUUGAUCAUGCACAUUUGGACCUUCUAUCACUGGUAAUCUGAUCACUUGUGUUUUGACCGUCUGUCACGUGAAACUUGCACAAAGGACAGUGUUGCAGCAAAAGCAUUUUGACCUUUGAUCGUUGUCACCCGCUCUCCAUAACCUUUGGUUAUAACUAGUCUUUUAUUAUGUUUCAAUGCGACAGACCGCAAAUUGUCAUUGCUGGAAGUAACUGUACACCUCUGUAUGUUGUAAAUCUUCAUCAACAGGGUGCUUAAACUGUGGGCAAUUCCACAAUCAUUGUUUUUGAACUCAUAAAAUCCUAUAUCACUGUAGAGCAUUAGUUUUGCAAUAUAGGAGGAGCCACCUACAACGUGAACACAGUUACUGAUACAUACAUUGUAGGUGCAGACAGUGCACAGUACUGCUGCUGUACUGUAAUGUAUAUUGUAGAAUCCUAUAAUAUAGAAUUUUUCACUUGAAAAAAAAAAAUUUUUUUUAUAUGUUCCAUUUUCUCUUUCUGUGCCCAUGUACAUGUGAAAUGAAAAACUAUUGGAAGAGAAAAUUAAUGUUAUGUUUUACCUGUACCUUGCAAAUUUAAUGUCUAACAAUUUUUUCAAAAAAAAAAAAAAACAAAAGUGUGCAGCUCCUCUAUAUUGAAUAGACCUGCUUUAAUUAUUUAUAAAUAUUUUAGCAUUUGAUCAUUGAAUUUUAUUUGUUUUUGUGUAGGAAGCAAAGCCCAAGCAGGGACCAGAGACCCGCAGAUGACUAUGAUUCACCAUGGGAAAGCAAAUCAUUGAUGCCAAUGAUGCAAAAAUCACAAGGAGUAGCACAAAACAAAUCUCAGUCACCAGUCAGUGAGAGACGGUCUUCUGAUGACUAUGAGAAACCAUGGGAAUAUGAUCAAAAAUCACUGCUCAAUGGUCAAAACAAAUCACCAAUGCACCCUGGAUUACUUCAGUCCCCUAAGGCUGAUGCCCGGCCAGCUGAUGAUUAUGACGCUCCGUGGGAGUUUUCCAAGACUGGCCAAGCUGUUCAGGGGACAGAUGUUAGGGGUAUGGGUGCUGCUGCCGCCCCAAGAAAACCUCCUAGGACUUUUGCUAAUCAGCCAGGAGCUGUUGAUCCAAAUUUGCCACUGGAGCAACAAGGGUAAGUUUAUGAUCUUUGUUAAUGUACCCCAUGUUUCACUCUCCCUGAUUGUCUCGUCACCAGGACAACAAGGCAUUCCAGCCUUCAACUUCAACAUUAAAAUUACUUACUCAUAAUCAGUUAUUUGAAAACCUUUGAUGAAGUGACCAUGUCAUAAAUAUAUAUAUACAGCGAUAAAUCCUAACAUAUGAAACAUAAAAUAUAAAAGUUCAACUGUUCCAGGUCUGUAAGUGUACAUGUAAGUGUACCAAGUGGCAUAUCACAGUGUGGCAAAAAACAAUCACUGGUGCAGAGGCCCAUCACUUGCAUUUGUUCAUGUAAAAUGUUAAUGUUUAGUAAUGAUGAUAUUUUAUUGAUAAUAACAUCUCUUAACAGUGUUCCUGCCAAGUAUUUCAACUUUAAAUCUCGUACAUUUUUUUUGGUAUUUUUACCUGUGAUAGAGAGAGGGUAUCCAGUAGGACACCAUGUUUUUUUUUUUUAAUGACUGAAACGGGAAGGGUACAUCAAGUCACUGUAUGGUGUAAAGUAAACUUUUUGGAUCAAUGGUUUCAAUAGAAAUGUCUAAGAAAAAUUUAAAAGACAACAAUACUUUAUUGUGGAGUACAGUAUCUAUGUUGCCAUCACUUGUAUUUUUCAGGCUCGGGACAAGGUUAAGAGCAUCAUGAAAAAAAAUCUGUCUCUUGAACUUAAGAACACAGUUAAUAAUAAUAUUAUUGUUUGUUGUUGUUGUACAGUUGGUACCAUGGACCUCUGAAACGACUUGAAGCAGAGAAACUUUUAAAGGAAGCUGAGGACUGUAGCUUCCUGCUGCGAAACAGUGAGAGUAGUAAAAAUGACUUCUCGCUGUCUGUUAGGUAAGUCUCUAAACUUCAAUAAUUAUAGUUGCGUUAUUUGUAGUUGAAGUUAAGCCAUUCACCCCUGAACCGCCUGUAACCGCCCGUGCGGAUCCAGGUCCUUUCUACCCUUUGUGACGUCAUCAGUUUUAACGGUCAAGGACAACUUUCUUCGCUAACUUGUGCAGAGUGAAGAGAUCUUUCAAACCAUACCAGAAUGAGCAUAAUUCAGUCAAGGACACCGACAAAACCACGGAGAAACCUGAAAAUCUUGUUCCAAAAACCAUGUGACAAGGAAAAACCUUCCCACCAAAAUGAAGCCUACUAAAUGCCCAGCAAAAAAAAAAAAAUGAGGCAAGAAAAGCGAAAAAAAAAAGGGAGGAGAGAAAAAAAGUUAAAGUCUUGUUCCAUUUUAAACCCAAAAACCUACCUCUCCUUUUUUGCAUCUGGAUCAGAAGGCUAAGAUCCCUAAAAAGCUUUUAUAGCACCUAAAAAACCACUCUUCCCAAAAUCCAAAAAUGAAAUAUAUUUUAAUAAUAUAACUUCUAAUGAAAUGAGCACUCCAGUGAUUGAUUUUCACAUAAAGGUUUGAAGUCAAAGAGUGUUACACUCAAAGGAAUGUAAACAAAUUACAUGUAUACCAGGCUGUAUAGUCAAGAUACAAAUUUAAGUAGAGGUGUAGCAGCCUUUAAGCCAUUAAGCCCAGGCUUAGCAAAAAUUUUGGGUAACAUUAAAUGAGCUCAAUGCCAUGUAAAUUGUAAUCGAUAUAUCAACAGGGUGUGAAAUUGCAGAUACAAAUACAGAUGCACCUGCAGCAAUGUCUGUUGAGGUGAUGAGAAAAACUGGCAUAUAAUUCACUUGAAUGCCUUCUUAGUUUUUCAAACUUGUAGAUUCUAAGGGAUCGCAUUUGUUUAUGGGUGAUUCCAUGUUCAGGGCUUCUGAUAGGUCACCAAGUAUUUUUUUUAGGGACAAACGUUUUUUCUAACAAACUUCACCAAAUGAGGUCAUCAUUUUGUGGUUAUUUUCAAGGCAAAUUUCGCUAGAAAUCGAUCGAUUUUGGGCUGACCGGACCAGUAUUUUUAACGUUUUUCUAACAGAGGUCAUCAUUUGCUCUUUCAACAACAAUACGCUUCAGAAAUGAACCAAUGACAAAGCUUUUAACAUCAUGGCUAGUGCCCAGUUUUUUGCAACGUAAUCUAUGCCUGGUAGUUUCGGGACAUUGUUUGCACAUUACAGUGUCGAAGUUCCAAGAUAAAUUUGCAAGUUUAUGGCAAGUAAAUAGCCCCUAUAGCCGAAUUAAGUUUCAAAUAUGUUGUACAGACAUGUAUUUGAUAAGAUUUCUACCGAAUUUCACGGUAUUUUUCGUGUUUUUGUGAAUUUCACGGGAUUUCACAGAUUUACCUGAAUUUCGCGGCUCUGCGACCGCGCGAAAUGUUGAUUAUAUUUUGAUUACCUGAGCACUGGAAUCAUAUAGGUUUAAAACUUAUAAUAUUGGAGGGUCUGCUCUCAAAUAACUUAAUAAAAAAGUGUUGCCCUCAUUUACUCCUUGUUUGAUUUGAUUUUCCUUUUGUUCUGUUUUGUUGCCUUUAUUUUAAUUAUGCGGACUUGCUUAUGGAAUGGGCCUCCACUUUGAAAUAUUAAGAAGCUAUUAGGGGAGCCUGGUGGCUCCUACAAAAAAGAGUUUAUUAACCCGUAAGUCCCAGUAGUGACCAACAUCAAUUUUCUCCCAAUGAUAUCCAUACAUUGUCAAGAGACUAGGCUAUGAGAAUUAAUAAAAUGAUCAGCUAAGAGGAAAUACUUUGAUGUUUUGUCAAAUUCUCUCAACUCAUUCUUAAAGGAAAUAAUAUAGAGAUCAGUUUGGAGAAUUUGUAUGUGGAUAUUGUGGCUUAAAGGGUUUUGAAUGCCCUUUUUACAAUUUGGGCUCAAAAGGAAAAAUGGCUGGCUACCCACUGUUGAGGCUAUUCAUUCUUUUUAUUUUGUUGGCAAACUCCUAAUUGGCAUGAACAUAGAAGUAAUUUGCUGUAAAUUUGCCUGAGUUGCUACUGAUCAACCUUCAUAAUUGGUUUACAAUAAUUCAAUAAUGUGUACGUUGUAUAAUAACCCAAAGUGUCUUUUUAUUUUGCAGAAUUAAAAAUUCGUUCAUGCACUUAAAGAUUGUUUGUCAAAACAACAAAUAUAUAUUGGGACAAUUUAGCAAGCCGUUUGAUACGGUACCAGAAAUGAUUCAUUAUUACUCCAUCAACAAGCUGAAUAUCAAAGGAGCAGAACACAAACAACUUUUACACCCAGUCAUGCAACAACCGGAAUAUUUUACCUUGGAACCACCUGUAUAUUCUACUGCAAUGUGAAAUUAAAUGAUUACACAUCAAGGGCCUUGAUGCAGAAUUCAACCAGCGUUUCCAAGUUAACCCUUUCAUUUCUAGGUCAAGUUAGGGAGAGAUUGUUUACCAUGGCCACUUUAAAUUCUGUUAAUGGAAUCCUCUGGUGUUACCCAGGGUUCUCCAGAAAAUGUAGAUAGGUCGAAAAAAGCAAAAAGUCUUUCAGAUGGCUUAGCCACAUGUGGCUCCCCCACCCCUCCCCCCAUGAAAAUUGUUAUUUGGGGGGGGGUCUGAAAGUGCAUUUCUGUCCUUUUUGAGCGAUCAAUUUCAUUUUACCUACAUUUAACUUUUUUUGUACCAUAAACUAUGCUUGUUUUUAUUGAAGGAAAGAUUUAUUGCUGUCUUAAAAUAAUAUUGUUUUGUGUGAGUAGCUGGCACUUCCAUGGCCACUAGGUGGCAAUUUUACCAGUUGCUGGACCUUCUGGAGAAUCCUGGUUACCAUUCAAAUGAAACUUCUUUGGCCGAAACUUUUCGUACAUAUAGUAUAAUUAUUUUUUUCCAGGGAUUUCAUUGUCAAAUUUUUUCUUUGGCAACAAUAAUUAUUAGGAAUCAAAGGGUUAACUGAAAUAAUUAUUAUUGAAGAUAAAGUGAAAUGUAAUGAAAUUAAUCACGGGUCUUAGGUAGUUUAAGACUUAAUAGCUGAGAUGUUUAAAUCUUGACAUCUUAGCUUAGGUUGGCUUCCAAGUAAGUCGGUUUCUGUCUUGGUUUAUGCUCAAUUUAAUCCUGGAUUUUCAGAAUUUUCAGCAUGGAAUUAUAUGUUAUAGUUAUUUUAAUGCCUCCAGUGCUUCUUUGUAUGGCCUGCAGGUAUCCUGAACUGGAUUACAAUAAUAUUAUUCUCCCUUCCAGAGCCAUAUUAGCAGAUUUAUAACGUAGUUUUAACUCUUACAUCUGUGAAAAAUACUCCUGUCAUGUCACCGUUCAAAAUGUAAAAGUACCUCUACAUGGUAUAAGAUUUAAUCUUAGUGUUUUUACAGGUUUGGGUAUUCCUGGUAGGGACACACAGGGUUAGAUGUAAGGGCAGUCACUCUGUGUUCAAAGGUCUCCAAGCAGACACUUGUAAACAGACAGUUUACAAUAGGCUAGUUUUCAAUUAUUAAAAUUUAUACUUGGCUAAGGGGAAUAAAACAAAAGAAUUGCAUGGAGAUUCAUGGAUGAAUGAUUCAUUUUUUUUGUUUUAUUCCCAUCAGCCAUGGAGUCAAGUAUGAAUUUUGAUGAUAAACUGGCCUCUUGCCUUGCUUGGCAAUCAUUAGCAUGCAGUGCACAGUCACUGGAACUCGAUGGGGUUAUAUGGUGCCUGAGUUACAGAAUUUUUCCAGGCAGUUUCUUCUCUCUUAUUCAGCACUUCUCAGUUUUCCUCUGUUUCAAACUAAAUUGAACUCUUCACUUACAAGAAUUCCUGUGGUAGUCAUAAGUUUUAUUUCCUUGCAAACAGUGUCUGCUUGCAGAAGCUUUGACUGUAUAUCUUUUACAUAAGAAUAAAUAUAUUUGAAGUAAUUACAAUUUAGUUCAAGUAAAAACAUUCCUAACUUAAGGCAUCGUAAUGAAGACCAAGUGUCUCCAUAUUGUUCUGUCAAUGAAAGUUCACAAUAGGGCAGGGGGAACUCAAUUUUAAUUUUUGAGAAAUAUCAAUUUGUGUCAAUAUAGUGUUUGUUUAUUAAAAUCAAUCAUAAAUCUCUUAACCAAAAUUAGUCAUAAAAUUAUGUAAUUUAGAUUAUGCCAAAAUGUCUCAAUUGAACCAAUCUGGGACUCCAAAAUAUUGACUGUAAAACUGAAUAUACAAAGUAAGGCUUGCUGCAACUGUAGUUUAGUGUACAUUAUUUUAUAGGUAAUAAAUUUAAGCAAAUUAACUAUUAAAUUUAUCACUGUUUUGCAGGCUUUCAUCAAUGCACUUCCUUAAGAUUAUAUGAAUAUUAAUUAUUUAAUUAUAGCUAGUCAUAAAUUUGUGACCAAUGUAGAGUGAUCGAUUGAUCAUGACAUAGUUAUUAGAGGAGACUGGUUAUGAAAAGCGGCAAACAUCAAUGAUAAAAACAACAGUGCUGCAGUUUAUGUUCAAAGCACCGUGAAAGUGCACAAUCCUUUGUUUUCUGUUGGCAAAUUGUUACGGAAUAAAUU